UUUCAUUGAAUGGUUUUGACUCCAUAGUUGAAGAGAUUCCUCAGAUCUACAGGGAAAGCUUUUUGGACAUUGUCAACUUCAGUUUUUCAUAUGUUUCUGAUGAUCCUUUCUUUGGUGACAUGCUAAAUGGUUUUAAUUCAGUUAAUGCAGUAAGAUUAUUGCUGCUAGCAAAAAUCAGUGUUCUGGAAUUUGGACUUUGAUUAUGAAUCUGAUGGUUGAAGUUGAAAUUGAAAUUGAAAUCACAAGUUGUGAAUUGUAGGGUGAAAUAAAGAAAGAAAAUUGGAUGCAAUUAUUGUGGUUGCAAUCAUGGGUUGUGAGAUGGAAUUGGAGAGUGAAUGUAUUGAGGACAUGGAAGUUGAAGUCCUGCCUUCAAUGUGGCCGGAAGAUAUCGGAACAGACGCAGGAAAGCAGUUCAAUAUAGAGAAGCCUGGCAGAGAUCAAGACAUGUUGGAAGAUGUUACAAUCAUGGAGGAACCAACCAUAGCUGAUUUCCAGCGAUUAAUGGAGCUAACUAACUAUACAGAUAGAGGUUCUUCACAAUUAGCCUACUUAAUGAAACAUUGGGAGUAUAAGCAGGCCAACGCCGUUCGCCUUCUUAGAGAAGAACUCGACAACUUGAGCAGGCAAAGGCAGGAAGUUGAGCAAAGGAGGCUGGAGAUAUUGCAAGAGAAUCGGUUUGAGGAAGACUAUGGAGAUGAUAAGAGGCCAGUUUCUAUAUUGGAUGAAGUUUAUUACACUUGGCAGGAUCUGCCAAGCCGGAAAAGUGAUGUUGUUGUGCAGAACAAGAGGAUUGAGAUUGAUGCAGAGUAUGAUACUGUUGUAUACUGGAAGCAGCGCGCGCUGCAGCUGGAAAAACAGUUGGAGGCGAGUAUGCAGCGCGAGCAGACGCUUAUGGAUAAGUUGCAAGAAAGCAUUAAGACUAUUGAGAGGCAGUCCUCGCCGGUUGAAGAGUUGUCGCAGAUUCUGAAGAGAGCUGAUAAUUUCUUGCAUUUUAUACUUCAAAAUGCACCUGUUGUCAUUGGUCACCAGGACAAAGAGUUGCGCUAUCGCUUUAUCUAUAAUCACUAUCCAAGAUUGCAAGAGGAGGACAUCAUAGGAAAAACAGAUGUCGAAAUUUUCACAGGUUCCGGUGUGAAAGAAUCUCAAGAUUUUAAAAGGGAAGUUAUGGAGAAAGGAUUACCUGCAAAAAAGGAAAUCACAUUCGAGACAGAUCUAUUCGGGUCAAAAACAUUCUUGAUAUAUGUAGAACCUGUGUUUAGCAAGGCAGGUGAAACAAUAGGAAUAAAUUACAUGGGAAUGGAAAUAACAGAUCAGGUGAGAAAAAGAGAAAGGAUGGCGAAGCUUCGUGAAGAGAUUGCGGUUCAGAAAGCAAAGGAGACUGAACUGAAUAAAACCAUUCAUAUUACAGAGGAGACUAUGAGAGCAAAACAAAUGCUAGCAACAAUGUCUCAUGAGAUAAGAUCACCGUUGUCCGGAGUUGUGAGCAUGGCUGAGAUUCUUUCUACGACAAAACUUGAUCGCGAGCAGAGACAACUCUUGGAUGUCAUGAUAUCUUCAGGAGAUUUGGUUCUUCAACUCAUAAAUGACAUUCUUGAUCUUUCCAAGGUUGAGUCAGGAGCUAUGAAAUUGGAAGCCACGAAAUUCCGGCCAAGAGAGGUAGUAAAGCAUGUACUUCAAACAGCAGCAGCAUCAUUGCAGAAAAUGCUAACCUUAGAAGGGAAUGUGGCAGAUGACAUACCUAUUGAGGUCAUUGGAGAUGUGUUAAGAAUUCGUCAGAUUCUCACAAAUUUAGUCAGCAAUGCUGUGAAGUUUACACAUGAAGGCAAAGUUGGAAUAAACCUUUAUGUUGUGACAGAGCCACCAUUUGCGAAAACAGAAGAAUGCAAUCAAAAGAUGAACUCAGAACAAUCAACAACUUGUUCAAAUGGAGUGAAGGAUCAUAGAUAUCCAUCAACACUAGCUAAGAGUGGCAGUGAUCAAAAUCAUCAUGGCAGUGAUCACGCGUUUAACAACGAAUUUCGAUCUUCAGUUAAGAGUGAUUACUCAAUGAAUGGUGGUGACACUGAGGAGGAAAAUCACUCAACUGAAACAACAGUGUGGAUUCGUUGCGAUGUGUAUGACACAGGAAUUGGAAUACCAGAAAAGGCCAUACCUACUUUAUUCAAAAGAUACAUGCAAGUGAGUGCAGAUCACGCUCGAAAGUAUGGAGGCACAGGACUCGGAUUAGCAAUCUGCAAACAACUGGUUGAGUUAAUGGGAGGUCGUCUAACAGUAUCAAGCAAAGAACACGUUGGAUCUACCUUCACAUUCAUACUUCCGUACAAAGUUUCAAUAGCUUCUGAUGAAAACUCCGACGACACCGACGAACUCUCCGAUGUGGACAACAAUGACGCCGUUUCCGACGAUUUAACGGAAGGCUUCUUCCAAUUCCAACCCCGCACUUUAGGAUCUCUCUUCUCUUCCAAUGGAUCCACAAGACGAACCUCGCACAAGUUCAACGGAUUUCCGCCCAAUCCUUUCUCAUUGCCAUCUCCAAACGCCAUCGCUUCCAAAGCGAUAACGAAUUCCGUUGAAGAUUCAUCUUCCGUUGUUGUUGAUGCUUCGGAUCUGACAGAAUCAACGAGUUCAUCGACGACCGAAGAAAAAGAUCACCGUGAACAUUCAGCCAAAUCGCGGCACGAGCCUUCGUCACAUAGUAACGGUUGUGAUGAUUCUUCGAAACAAAUGAAUGAAUCAAGAAAGUCAUCGUGUGAGGGUUUGAUGAAGAAGGAAGAUGCGAAUUCGCAAUGUGUUACUAGCAGCAGUGCAUCGCCGACGGAAGAGACUAAAGAUUGUUCUAAAUUGAAGCCUAAGAUUCUUCUUGUUGAAGAUAACAAGAUCAAUGUGAUGGUGACACAGUCAAUGAUGAAGAGGUUAGGGUAUAGCAUGGAUGUUGUUAACAAUGGAGUGGAAGCCGUUCGUGCCGUUCAGCGUCACACUUAUGACAUCAUUCUCAUGGACGUUUUCAUGCCAGUUAUGAACGGUCUUCAGACGACGAAACUGAUUCGAUCUUAUGAGGAAACUGGAAACUGGGAUGCUGCAAAAAAUUCUGGAAUUGAACAAAUACAACAAAUUUCAGAUUAUGAAUGUUGUGUACCACCUAGAAAGCGGAUCCACAUUAUUGCGAUGACAGCAAACACAGUAACAGAGAGUGCAGAGGAAUGUUAUGCAAAUGGUAUGGACUCAUUUGUGUCAAAACCUGUGACCUUCCAAAAAUUGAAAGAAUGUCUUGAACAGUACCUAAGGUGAUGAAAUCCAUGUAAAUUUUCUACUUGUGUAUAAAAAAGAAAAGAUAAAAGAAUAAGCCUAGGAAAGUUUUGUAAGGUAAUGCAUCAUGUUCUUCUCCUCUCCACCGGUGUCUACAUUAAUUUGUAUAGAUCUACAAUAUUCUUCUGGUCUUCCUUUUUUUUUUUUUUUCAUUUUUGUUAGUUUAACAAACCACAAAAAAAAUGUAGUUCUGAAAAGUGUGCAGGAAAUUAACUAUGCAAAAUAGCUCUUAGCUAUAGGAUUAGGAGUAAUUGGAUACUUGAUGUAAAAGGUACAGAACCAUUUGGUAGUAGAUUAUGUGCAUGCAACUCUAGUACUACAAAAGGAACAUUUAAAAAUGGAAAUUAUAC